AUGGAACCUACUCCAGAAAAGUCAGGAGAAAUGAUCUUCUCCUUCCACACCAGACAGCCAAGACACAUGGACAUCAAAGUUCCACCAAAGAAUGCCUUUGAUUUGCAAGUGGCCUUACUCGCUAUGCCAGCAACCUCUCCAUGGUCCCCUCUGAUGCACUUGAUCAAGUCGACCACAAGGUAUAAUCCAGAGGGGUUUCUACAAAUACGGAAUGAAUUCAUUAGGCUAGUUCAAAGUGUGGGUUACCUUAGCCAGACUGCUCCUUUUUGUUAGGAACAAGGAAAUCAUCCCUAUGACCACUGGAUAAAUAGUAUCUUGGAAAUAGUUUGGCUAAACUCAAAACAAUGUAACCAUAUUACUGUACUAAAAGCUACUGACUGGUAUGCCACAGAUUGGGAAAGAAGGUCUGGUAUUUGUUGGCCAGCCCCAAAUGGAACUGAAUGUCUAUGUGGGAUGAAUCUAUGGCCCUGGCUACCACUUGAAUGGUUGAGAAGAUGUACUUCAGGCCUAACUUGGAUGCAAGGCUGUUGGUUCAAAACUAUACCUAAACCUGCCAAUUAGCCCCACCCAGUCCAUCAUUGGAGCCCAUCUACCUUCCACUUCUUCAUGCCCCAGCUGGGUAUAGAAGAUGUGAUCUGGCACACUGAGGCUCUCACCAAGUACACAGGCCAUGAUCUUAAUGAUACUAUAGAAAGUACCCUUCUUCUUAACUCAGAAUUGGGACUAAUAAGGAAAGCCAUUCUUCAAAACCGAAUGGCUUUAGAUGUCCUCACAGCACAAGGAGAUAUCUGUGCCAUAAUUAAGACCGAAUGCUGUGUAUAUGUAACAUAUAACUCUGGAAAUGUUUCCGUAGUUUUAGGGGAUAUGCACAAACAAGUAAAUGCUCUAUCUGCCCCCAUGUUAUCUCUAAACAAUGGGGUAUCCUCCUGAUUUGGUGGCUCCAGGAUGUCCUGGUAGAAAAAGCAUCUUAUAGUUCUUGCAAUCAUUAUAAUAAUUGGCAUUUGCUUAUGCUGCGGUAAAUAUUGUUGUUGCAAUGUCUUUUUAAGCUUACAAGACAGACUCUCACAACGAUGCAUGAAACCUGUGACUAAUGUUCUCUUUCAAUCUCAGUUCAAUCAUAGCCCUAUCACAUAA